AUGGACACCGCAGGAUUCUUGGCCCGCGACCCAAGCUUAAUGGACGCCAAAAGCAAAGAACUCUACAAGAGCAACUAUACCUCGUACGACGACGGCAGUUUGGAGUACCCGAAAACUCUAUACGUGCUCGACUUCCCCACGACAACUUCUGCGUCAUCACAACGGAUCCUCAAGUUCUCUCAAGACUUGGCCCUGGCCGCCUGUCUCCAUACGAUGGUCACCACAAUGAGCCUCAAGAAUGCAUUGGAAGCCACAGCUCCGGCUGUAUCGACGCAGCCGUUGUCGGAGUUUCUGAGCCUUACUUAUACUUUUGUCAUUACCAAGCAUCAGACCAGAUUCUUGCGGGAUCCUCUCUACAGAGAUUAUGCACGUGACUGA